AUGUCUAAGCGAGAGAAGUAUCUCUUACUCAUUUUAAUAAUAUAUAUCAGCAAUAUUGUUAGAAUACAUUCGUUCUUAACAUUAAAUGCAUUGAAUGGUUCUGAUCAUGAGUGUAUCGAUAGAUGCACUUGUAAUUUUAAUAACAAUCAAAUGAAAUGCAAGCUGGAAGAUUUGCCUACUACAGAUAUUCCAAGUGGCAUCACACAAAUUAUAAUCACCGAUGGACACUUGCGAUGUGAUUGCUCCAUAGCCCAUAUUAUUCGAUGGGCACAGGAGAAUAAAGUUGGCUUGGAAGGUAAAUGCAAUUCUCCCACGCGUUAUAAAGAUAAAAAUUUGAGCGAUAUUAACCUCUCCGUAUUAGUAGCGUCAUGCAACAAGGGUUCAGACUUUGAGCUUGAAGUCAACCAAAUAGCUUGGAGGCUAGAUGGCAACUGUACAGGUCUAGAAUCACGGUUAUCAGAUUGUAAUAUCCAAAUAGAUGAUGUUGCUGAUGAUUGCCCCAUAGCAACUGUAAAAUGUCUCGAAGAUGAAGGCGGUGAUCCAACAAAUUGUAAUUUUCAGAAAGGAUUUUGCGGCUGGUCAAAAAUAAAUUCUGAUUAUUUAUCUUGGAUUUGGUUAAAUAAUAAUCAUAAUCAUGAAGGUUAUCAAGUGUUAGUCUCGUUAACCAAUCAUACUAAAUCGCAGUCUGCGGUGUCUCUUCAAAGCCCGGUAUUAAAGCCACUCAAGAACAAAGUUCAAGUUUAUGUUGAGUAUUAUUUUAGCGGUAUUAUCGAUGCUCAGCUCCUACUACAAAUUCAGCUUGAAUAUGAUGAUGAGUAUACGACAUUAUAUUCGUUAAAUAUGGAAGAGCACAAUUGGAAUAACGCAAGCGUAACCAUCACCAUGAACCAUAACAAUUUUCGAAUACGCUUCACAGUAAAAAAUGGCCAAAAUUCAGACGGAGAGAUUGGCAUUGGCCAAAUAAAAUUAACGGAUUGCAAGUUGCGUGAUGAUGAAGAAAAUAGACCCAAUAAUCGCUUCGUUAUUAUCGUGGUUGUAAUAUGCGCCAUUACUAUUUUUCCUCCUUCAAUAUUCAUUUAUGCUUAUGUGGUAAAAAGUCGUUCUGAAAAUGGUCCUGAAAUACAGAUCAAUUUGCCAUGUAGUAGUACCUGUAAAAUAUUAUCUACGGUCUGCUAUUGCUGUGGCCCGAGAAGCAGCAAUACCUUCGAAAUCUUGGAAGAAACGAACGCUAAUUACGAAGCGCCAAACUAUGAAACUGUAGAGCCGCCAAUAAGAUCUGAAAGUCCACCUAUUUUUCCCCCUGAUUUCCAGGAAUCUCUUGAUAAUUUACAUCAUGAUGCUCCUCCACCAUAUUAUCAAACAUUGACCGAAAACAGCAAUAUGAAUAGUAAUAAUGACAUUCAGCUAAGCUUAAUUACGUUAGAGAUAGCUAAUAGCGAACGAAAUUUGUUACCAUCUUAUGACAGUGUUAUCGCUUCUGAAAGGAGUUAA